CUCUCUCUCUCAAGUCUCAAGCCUUGGAUAUUAUUUUCUUGUACAUCCUUCAAAGUAAUAAAGUCUGUCUAAGGAAGAAAAGAGAAGCCUAAAGUCUCAAGGCUUUAACCAGGUAGGACCUUCGGACUGAACUAUCAUCACAUCUAACCAUUACUGUUUACUCGGUUACAGGUUACUCCACAGCAUCAAAUGCAUGGGAUGGCCCUUUACCAUACUCACCUAUUAUAAACCCCCACAGUCCAAGCAACUGUCCUCUAAGCCUCUUCAGUCUUCACAGUAAAGAUGUUUUCUUCUUCUCCCUGUCCAUCACCUCCUCGUCUCCUACCUCAUCUUGCUGUCUCUCUUAUUCUUCUUCUUCUCUGUGUGAGUGCUCUUGCAUCGCCCACUAAGAUUGGGCAGGGGUACCGACUAAUCUCCAUUGAAGAGUCUCCAAAUGGGGGUCUUGUGGGUUAUUUGCAAGUCAAGCAAAAGACUACCACAUAUGGUCCUGAUAUUCCUUAUUUGCAGCUCUUUGUCAAGCAUGAAACUCAAGAUCGAUUGAGGGUUCACAUAACUGAUGCAGAUAAGCAAAGAUGGGAGGUUCCGUACAACUUGCUACCAAGAGAACAGCCUCCUCCAUUGAAGAAAACUCUUGGCAAGUCCAGAAAACUUCCCUUUGCAGCUUCUGACUACUCCGGAGAGGAGCUUAUCUUCAGCUACACGACAGACCCAUUUGGCUUUGCAGUGAGGAGGAAAUCAAAUGGGCAAGUCCUUUUUAAUUCAACCAUCGAUGAGUCAGACCCAUAUGGGAAUUUGGUGUUCAAAGAUCAGUAUCUUGAAAUCUCAACCAAAUUGCCUAAAGAUGCUUCACUGUACGGGCUUGGAGAGAACACCCAACCAAAUGGGAUUAAGAUUCAGCCCAACGAUCCCUACACUCUGUAUACCACAGAUAUAUCUGCAAUCAAUCUCAACAUGGACCUAUAUGGGUCUCAUCCGGUGUACAUGGAUCUUAGAAAUGUUGGUGGGGAGGCUUCAGCACAUGCAGUUCUGUUGCUGAACAGCAAUGGGAUGGAUGUGUUUUACAGAGAGAGCUCCUUGACUUACAAGAUUAUUGGGGGUGUGUUGGAUUUCUAUUUUUUCUCAGGUCCAACCCCUCUGUCUGUUGUUGAUCAGUACACAGCCUUGGUGGGUCGUCCUGCUCCAAUGCCUUACUGGGCUCUAGGUUUCCACCAAUGCAGGUGGGGUUACCGUAAUGUGUCGGUCCUAGAAUCUGUUGUUGAGAGGUACAGGAAGGCCCAGAUCCCACUCGAUGUGAUGUGGACGGAUGACGAUCACAUGGACGGGGCCAAGGACUUCACCCUCGACCCCAUUAACUUCCCUCGUCCAAAGCUUUCGGCUUUCGUGGAGAAACUACAUUCCAGAGGGAUGAAAUACAUUGUGCUCAUCGACCCUGGCAUCGCAGUCAAUUCCUCUUAUGGCGUAUACCAACGUGGUAUGGCGAACGACGUGUUCAUCAAGUAUGAGGGAAAGCCUUACCUAGCUCAAGUCUGGCCAGGGCCAGUCUAUUUCCCAGACUUCCUUAACCCCAAAACUGUGUCCUGGUGGACUGACGAAAUCCGACGUUUCCGUGAACUUGUGCCUGUCGAUGGCUUAUGGAUUGACAUGAACGAGGCUUCCAAUUUCUGCACCGGUAAAUGCACGAUUCCAAAGAACAGGCCAUGUCCUGGCAACCCUGGCUGGGUCUGUUGCUUGGAUUGUGAGAUCAUAAACAAGACCAGGUGGGAUGAUCCACCUUACAAGAUAAAUGCAUCGGGAGCGCUAGCGCCAAUUGGCAACAAAACUAUUGCUACAAGUGCUCUUCAUUACAAUGGAGUGUUGGAGUACGACGCCCACAGUAUCUAUGGUUUCUCUCAUGCCAUUGCCACUCAUCAGGCGCUCCAAGGACUCAUGGGCAAGCGUCCAUUUGUGCUAUCGCGCUCUACCUUUGUUGGGUCAGGAUCGUAUGCUGCACACUGGACUGGUGAUAACCAGGGCACAUGGAACGACCUAAGGUAUUCCAUUUCCACCAUUCUCAAUUUUGGUAUAUUUGGGAUACCCAUGGUUGGUUCGGAUAUAUGUGGCUUCUACCCACAGCCCACAGAAGAGCUCUGCAACCGAUGGAUUGAGCUAGGUGCAUUCUACCCCUUCUCCAGGGAUCAUGCCAACUACUAUUCCCCAAGCCAGGAGCUCUACGUAUGGGACUCUGUGGCAGAGUCAGCCCGAAAUGCACUGGGCAUGCGCUAUAAGCUCCUCCCUUACUUGUAUACCUUGAACUAUGAAGCCCACACCAGUGGCGCCCCAAUGGCCAGGCCGCUGUUCUUCUCAUUCCCAAAUUUCAGCAAAUGUUAUGGGUUGAGCACACAGUUCUUGCUAGGCAGCAGUAUCAUGGUCUCACCGGUACUCGAGCAGGGGAAAUCAGAGGUUAAAGCUCUGUUUCCUCCGGGCACUUGGUACAGUUUAUUUGAUAUGACGGAGACUGUUGUAUCAGAAGAUGGACACUACUUCACGCUUGAUGCUCCAUUGCAUGUCAUAAACGUUCAUGUGUAUCAGAACGCCAUCAUUCCAAUGCAACGGGGCGGUAUGACAUCCAAAGAAGCGAGAAUGACGCCGUUUAGCCUUGUGGUGACACUCCCAGCAGGGGCUGAUGAUGCAGAGGCCAAAGGAAAGCUUUUCCUUGAUGAUGAUGAGCUUCCAGAGAUGAAGCUUGGAAAUGGUUACUCCAGUUACAUAGAUUUGUAUGCUAGCGUUAGCCAGCAAAAGGUGAAGGUGUGGUCCGAGGUUCAAGAGGGUAAGUUCGCAUUGGCGAAUGGGUGGAUUAUAGAGAAAGUGACUGUGUUGGGGUUGAAAGGAAUGGCAGAGGAUCUGGCUGUUGAGGUUGAUGGACAGCCAAUUUCCAGCAUCUCAAACGUGGAGAUUAGUGCUUCGGACCUGAGGUAUUUAGAGGAGGUAGAGGAUGGAGGAGAUAAACAGAAGACUGUGAUGGUUGAGGUUAAAGGUUUGGAAUUGCCUCUAGGAAAGAACUUCGCCAUGUCAUGGCAAAUGGGGAUCAAAGAUUGAAAUAAGGCGGAGCCUCCAACUUUUUUUUAUCUGCUACAACUGUUGAUGUAUUAGAAUAGUAGUAAUGGUUUCAAUUGUUGCCAUAGGUUGAAAGAAAGAGGAUAUAAGCAAGAAAACUACUCAUUCCUAUGGAUAACCCUGGUGGCAACAGGAUUUAAUCCCACGACUCUGCUUCAACGAGUCAGAGAUCCUACCAACUGAACCAUCUCAAUUGGUACUUCCUUUCUAUUAAGGUUUCUAUAUUUGGCUCCAAGUCUUGAAGCUCCAAGCACAUUAGUGAAAUUGUCAAUUUAACUUCAA